GGCGGGGGAAUGGCACGUCGACUCGGUUAACCCCAGAGUGUGGGGGUGGCAAUGGCAUUUCCGCUGAAUGUAGACUAGUCCCCCGAAGACAGCUCGGGGCUUGCCGACUCGGCGCCCCCUCUGCGCGCCCCGAGCGCCAUCAUGACUCCCUGACUGGCGCACCCUCUUUCGUUUCCUUAUGAAUAUAGCUUCUUUCCCCCCGAACCCAAACGAGUAGGGCUAGAUCCAUCGCGUCGGCAGAGUGGAGGAGCAUCCGGAAUGGGGGUGUGUUAAAACCCGGCACUAUUGCACCCCUGCAGUCAUGUUUUCUCCUUUCAUGUCUCAAGCCCAUCAUGACCGACUUACACGACAAAGACCUCGAGAAGGUGCACGUUGACUUCGUGGAGAAUGUCGCGAAACCAGAGCCCUCAGGCCCGGUUCUGGUGGACGAGACAGGCCGCAUUCAGCGUCUGCCGGUGCCCAGCGAUGACCCUAAUGACCCCUUGAACUUUGCUGUCUGGGAGAAGACUGCCAUCAUCGUAUGUUGCUGUUGGUUCUCCAUCAUGUCGCUAUCGGUGGUGGGGGGGCUGGGUUCGGUCCUCGACGUCUUCUUCCAGUUGUACGGGGCAGAAGGCCGCAGCACCAACCAAGUUGUAUGGCUGUCGACCUUCCCUUCCCUGUUCGUGGGCCUUCUCCCCCUGAUGCUCGCUGAACUGACCUUCGUCCACCAACGCGGCACCAUCUACGGCAUCUACUGGGCCUCCCAGAACAUCAUCACCAGUCUACUGACGUUGGGAAGUUCCUACGAAGUCGCUGCCCUCGGCUGGCGCUGGUUCUACUGGGUCUUCGUCCUCACCGUGGGCGUCGGCCUGGUCCUCGUGGUCUUCGGCUGCUUCGAGACCCGGUAUCAGCGCGGGGCGAUUUUCCUGCAGAACCAAGCCGUUAUCACCGACGAAUACGGCGUGACGCGCGUGCUGAACGAGGAGGAAGCCCGCGCCUGGCUCGCCGCGCAGACCGAAACUUCCUUCCCGGGGGCUCCUUCGCAGCAUCCCCCGACCAAGAGAUCCUACCGCCAAAUGCUCAGCCCGUGGCCGGGGGUGUCCGCGCACCCCAUGCGGACGGUCCUCAAGACCUGGUGGCAAAUGCUCGAGAGCUUCAGCUCGCCCGGCGUGCUGUACGCGACGCUGCUGGCCUCGGUGGUGCUGGGCGCAUCGGUAGGCGUCUCGCUGACGUACAAUACAGUGCUUGAGUACAACUAUGGCUGGAGCGCGUCGGCGAUCGGGCUGAUCAAUCUGGGCGGCGUGUUCGGCGGAUUGGGCGGGAUGUUGUACGCGGGCAUCUUCGGCGACCGGUUCAUCGUCUGGGCCGCCAAGCGUGCGGGCGGCGUGCAUCAGCCCGAGCAUCAUCUGCUCCUGCUGAUCGCUCCGGGCCUGCUCGCCGUCGCAUCCCUGAUUCUGUAUGGUUUUACGGCGGAUGGCAACGCCACCUGGGGCGGACCCUUUAUGGGCUGGACGCUGUACCAGGUCGCCUUUGUCUCGGUGCUCAUCCGCACGACCUCCUUCGCCACGGAGGCGUGGCCCAAGAACCCGGGCCCCGCGCUGGUGACGGUUGUGGGCACGAAGAACCUGAUCAGCUUCGGAGUCAGUUACGGGUUGAACCCCAUGGUCGCCAAGUAUAGUUACCCGGCGGCGAUGGGGAUUCUGGCGGGCGUCGUCGGCGGGGUCUUGCUGCUUGGCGUGCCGGUAUACUUCUAUAACCCUAAGGUUUGUCCUGCCCUUUCCUUUGUUCGAUUGUAGUUUCGUGGGACUGGGCUAAUAUACAAUGAACAGUGGCGAAGACGCAUGAGUGAGAAGGAGAAGUGAAUUAGGUCCGGUCGUUGGUAGUCGUGCGGUCAUGGUGAUAGUCUUGUACUGUUCUAAUGAGAUAUGCUUACAAUUGAGGUCUG